AUGUCGCUCCCUACGUCCCUGCCCGAGCUCCUCGCCCUCGUCGACUUCGACCAGCGCAGCCUCUUCAUUUCGGCCGCCGCCAUUGCUUUCAACCCGACCUUCUGGAACAUCGUUGCCCGCAGAGAAUACCGCACCAAGUUCCUCACCCGCGCCUUCAACGGCAACCGCCAAGCAGCAUGCUACGCCCUCGCCGCCACCAUCUUCUCCCUCGGCCUCCUGCGCGACUUCCUCUACGAGCGCGCCCUCCGUGACCAGCCGUCCCACCCGGCCCUCCAAGGCGAAUACAUCAACUACGCCGCCUACGCCCUGCUCGCCGUCGGCAACCUCUUCGUCAUCUCCUCCACCUGGCAGCUCGGCAUCACAGGGACCUUCCUGGGGGACUACUUUGGUAUCCUGAUGGAUAGUAUUGUGACGGGGUUCCCGUUUAAUGUUACUAGUGCGCCGAUGUAUUAUGGCUCGACGAUGAGCUUUUUGGGGACGGCGCUGUUGUAUGGAAAGCCGGCGGGGAUUUUGUUGACGCUGCAUGUGUUGGUGGUGUACCUGGUUGCUAUUCAGUUUGAGAACCCGUUCACGGCGGGGAUUUAUGCCAAGCGUGAUAAGGAGAGGGAGCAGGCUAAGGCUGCUGGGGUGCCGUAUGAGGAGAAGAAGGAGCUUUAG